GAGCGGCGCGCGCUGGUGACGUCACUGCCGGCGCGCGGGGGGAGAGCGCGGGAGGCGGGUCACCAUGGCCGGGGGUCAGGAGGGGCCCAGCCCCCGCCCCAGCGAGGAGGAGCCCGGGAGCGACGGGAGGAGCACCUCGGAAAGGGUGGUGGAUUUGCUGAACCAGGCGGCGCUGAUCGGGAACGAGGGGAAAAUCACCAUCCUGAAACAGGUGCAGGAACUGAUCAUCAACAAGGACCCCACGCUCCUGGACAAUUUCCUGGAUGAAAUCAUCGCGUUCCAGGCCGAUAAAUCCAUCGAGGUGAGGAAAUUCGUGGUGGGAUUCAUCGAGGAGGCCUGCAAAAGGGACAUCGAGCUGCUGCUGAAGCUGGUGGCCAACCUGAACAUGCUCCUCAAGGACGAGAACGUCAACGUGGUGAAAAAAGCCAUCCUGACCAUGACCCAGCUCUACAAGGUGGCCCUGCAGUGGAUGGUGAAGACGAAGGUGAUCAGCGAGCUGCAGGAGGCGUGCUGGGAGAUGAUGUCCUCCAUGGCCAGUGACAUCAUCCUGCUGCUGGACUCGGAUAACGACGGCGUGCGCACUCACGCCAUCAAGUUCGUGGAGGGGCUGAUCGUGACCCUGUCCCCGCGCAGCGGCGACUCCGACGUCCCCAAACGCAGCGAGAACGACGUCAGCCUGGAGAGGAUCCCGCGGGAUCACCCCGUCAUCAAGUACAACGUGCUGUGGGAGGAGGGCAAGGCGGCGCUGGAGCAGCUGCUCAAGUUCAUGGUGCACCCGGCCAUCUCCAGCAUCAACCUGACGGCCGCGCUGGGCUCGCUGGCCACCAUCGCCCGCCAGCGGCCAAUGUUCAUGGCCGAGGUCAUCCAGGCCUACGAGACCCUCCAUGCCAACCUCCCGCCCACCCUGGCCAAGUCCCAGGUGAGCAGCGUGCGGAAGAACCUGAAGCUUCACCUGCUGAGCGUCCUGCGCCACCCGUCCUCGGGGGACUUCCAGCCGCAGAUCACCACGCUGCUGGUGGACCUGGGGACACCGCAGGCCGAGAUCGCCCGCAGCAUGCCCAGCCCCCGCGACGCCCGCAAGAGGCCCCGCGACGAGCCCGACGCCGCCCUCAAGAAGAUGAAGAUCGAGCCACCCCUGGGCGAGGAUGACGAGGACAAGGACCUGGAGACGCCGGCGGUGGCCGUGGCCAAAGCGGCCGGAGCUGCCACCGUCCCCUCGGACACCGACAUCACGGCCGAGUUCCUGCAGCCGCUGCUGACCCCCGAGAACGUGGCCAACCUGGUGCUGAUCAGCAUGGUGUACCUGCCCGAGGCCAUGCCCGCCUCCUUCCAGGCCACCUACACGCCCGUGGAGUCGGCCGGCACCGAGGCGCAGAUCAAGCACCUGGCCCGACUCAUGGCCACCCAGAUGACCGCGGCCGGGCUGGGGCCAGGCGUGGAGCAGACCAAGCUGCUGCGUGAGGAGCCCAAGGAGGAGAAGGUGGCCAAGCCGGACGCGGUGCUGAUCAAGCGGCGCCUGUCGGCGCUGGGCCAGGGCCAGGCCAUCGCCGUGCUGGGCGCGCACGGCUCGGCCACCGCGCUGCUGGACGAGACCCCCCAGGCCAAGCGCCGGCCCGAGCCCAUCCUGCCGGCCACCCAGGCACGGCUGGCGGGGGCGGGCGGUCGGAAGAAGGUUUUCCGGCUGAGCGAUGUCCUGAAGCCGCUGAGCGAGGUGCAGGUGGAGAAGCUGAAGCUCGGAGCCGUCCGGCGCAUCCUGCGCUCCGAGAGAGCCGUGGCCGCCAGCGGGGCCGCGCAGGCCCGAGUGAAGAUCCUGGCCGCCCUGGUGACGCAGCUGGAGGUGCCCCUCAAGGGCGAGGUGCUGUCCUUCAUCCUGGACGACGUCCGUGGCCGGCUGGACCUGGCCUUCGCGUGGCUCUUCCAGGAGUACAACGCCCACCUGGCCGGAGGUGGUGGCCUGGAGCGCUACGACGAGUGCCUGAUCGGGCUCCUGGCCGGCCUGCAGGAGAAACCCGACCAGAAGGACGGGAUCUUCACCAAGGUGGUGCUGGAGGCGCCGCUGAUCACCGAGAGCGCCCUCGAGGUCAUCCGCAAGUACUGCGAGGACGAGAGCCGCACCUACCUGGGCAUGUCCACCUUGCGGGACCUGAUCUUCAAGCGGCCGUCGCGGCAGUUCCAGUACCUGCAUGUGCUGCUGGACCUCAGCUCCCACGAGAAGGACAAGGUGCGGCAGCAGGCCCUCCUCUUCAUCAAGCGCAUGUACGAGAAGGAGCAGCUCCGUGAGUACGUGGAGAAAUUCGCCCUCAAUUACCUGCAGCUCCUGGUGCACCCAAACCCGCCCUCGGUGCUCUUCGGGGCCGACAAGGACACAGAGGUGGCAGCUCCCUGGACCGAGGAGACCAUCAAGCAGUGCCUGUACCUGUACCUGGCCCUGCUGCCCCACAACCACAAACUGAUCCACGAGCUCGCCUCCGUCUACACCGAGGCCAUCGCCGACAUCAAGCGCACGGUGCUGCGCGUCAUCGAGCAGCCGAUCCGUGGGAUGGGAAUGAACUCCCCGGAGCUGCUGCUGCUGGUGGAGAACUGCCCCAAGGGCGCCGAGACCUUGGUGACGCGCUGCCUGCACAGCCUGACGGACAAAGUGCCACCCUCGCCGGAGCUGGUCAAGCGCGUCAGGGACCUUUACCACAAGCGGCUGCCGGACGUCCGGUUCCUCAUCCCCGUCCUCAACGGCCUGGAGAAGAAAGAGGUGAUUCAGGCGCUGCCCAAACUCAUCAAACUCAACCCCAUCGUGGUCAAGGAGGUUUUCAAUCGUCUGCUGGGGACACAGCACGGUGACGGCGCCUCGGCCGUGUCCCCCCUGAACCCCGGGGAGCUCCUGAUCGCCCUCCACAACAUCGACUCCUCCAAGUGUGACAUGAAAUCCAUCAUCAAAGCCACCAACCUGUGCUUUGCCGAGCGCAACGUUUACACCUCGGAGGUUCUGGCGGUGGUGAUGCAGCAGCUGAUGGAGCAGAGCCCGCUGCCGAUGCUGCUGAUGCGCACGGUGAUCCAGGCCCUGACCAUGUACCCCCGGCUGGGCGGCUUCGUCAUGAACAUCCUGUCCCGCCUCAUCAUGAAACAGGUCAGGGCACCCCAAAAUCACCCCAAAAUCACCCAAAAUCACCCCAAAAUCCCGCUGGAAUUACCCCAAAAUUCACCCAAAAACCGUCCUGGAAUUCCUGAUGUGUGCCGUGAUCCGGGUCCUGACCAUGUACCCCCGGCUGGGCGGCUUCGUCAUGAACAUCCUGUCCCGCCUCAUCAUGAAACAGGUCAGGGGACCCCAAAAUCACCCCAAAAUCACCCAGAAUUACCCCAAAAUCACCCGGAAUCACCCCAAAAUCCCACUGGAAUUACCCCAAAAUUCACCCCAAAAUUCCUGAUGUGUGCCGUGACCCGGGCACUGACCAUGUACCCCCGGCUGGGCGGCUUCGUCAUGAACAUCCUGUCCCGCCUCAUCAUGAAACAGGUGUGGAAGUACCCCAAGGUGUGGGAGGGGUUCAUCAAGUGCUGCCAGAGGACCAAGCCCCAGUCCCUGCAGGUGUCCCCAGGUGACUCCAGGUGUGCUCAGGUGACUCCAGGUGUAUCUCCAGGUGACCCCAGGUGUCUCCCCAGGUGUGGAAGUACCCCAAGGUGUGGGAGGGGUUCAUCAAGUGCUGCCAGAGGACCAAGCCCCAGUCCCUGCAGGUGUCCCCAGGUGUGGAAGUACCCCAAGGUGUGGGAGGGGUUCAUCAAGUGCUGCCAGAGGACCAAGCCCCAGUCCUUCCAGGUGGUUCUGCAGCUGCCCCCGCCCCAGCUCGCCGCCGUCUUCGAGAAGUGCCCGGAGCUGCGCGAGCCCCUCCUGAGCCACGUGAGGGCCCUCACACCCCACCAGCAAGCGCACAUCCCGCUGUCCACCAUGGCCAUCCUGGAGGCCACCACGCGCCACGAGCCCGAGGGGACACCUGGAGAGGAGAAGCCCCCCAAGCGCGAGGAGGACCCCAAAUCCAAGGGGGUCCCGGGGGGGGGUCCCGGCUCGGGCUCCUCCCCCCCCGAAGCCCCCCCCGAGCUGGGGGGGGGGUCCCGACCUGGAGCCCCCCUCGAUCUUCAUCAGCGUCCCCGAGGAUGAGGAGAGCUCGGGGGGGGGCGACGCCUCCCCCCCCGACAGCGCCCUGGAGACCCCCAAGGACCCCCCGGUGGUCUCGGAGCCCCCCCAGAGCGAAGCCCCUCCCCCCUGCAGCCCCCCCUCGUCGGAGCCGCCCCCCCC